AUGCGAACCAGCUGGACAAUUCUGCUUCAUGGAGUGUCGCUGUGUAUUGGCAGCUGUGUUGUAUCGGAGUCAACAGUCGCCACAGCUUCAUACCAGAAUGUGUAUGAAGUUGCUAAAAUCAGCAAAGGGCGAUCACUUCGUUCAGCUGUGAAAGACCGCGAGGCGACCGACGCGGUCAUCGAAGAAAGGAUGAAUAAUUUUAAGGGCUUGGAAGAGGCAAAGGAAUUUCUCUUGCCUGAGGCUAAGACGGAGUCCCCUUCAGUGUCUACAAGCGAAGGGUUAGAUAAUCGCCAAUCAGUUUUUGAUGAAAUAAUGGGACAAUGGAGAUUUUAUAAUAAAAUCUCUAUUGAACAAGCUGUGAAUUGGUUUGUAACGUUUGGUGUCGACCCUGAGUUUCUUCACACUGCGUUAGAGCUGGAAAUCCCUAUAAAAGAUCUUGAAAAUGGGGUUCCUAAAGGAAUAUCCUGGAAAGAGUCGCUGUGGCUGAAAGUGUAUAAGUUAUGGAAAGAAACACAUGACUUCAAGCCCCCAGAAUAUGUGGAACCCAAGCCUGAAUCUUGA